AUGGCUAGGCAGCCUGUCUCAAUUUGGUGUGCGGCUGCCGUUUCUAUGGGCGUACUUCUUGGUCUAUCCUGCGUCGGCAUGGCUCUCGUACUCGAAGCGGAGAUAUAUUCUCCUGCUCUCGCCGCUCUGCGCACCAACUCUUGGAUACUUGACUUUGAGAUGCGCUGCUAUAGACCUUUACGUGGUUUAAUGCUUGGUUUAUUUCGGCGUUGA